AUGUCCCAGCCCCUGCUGACCCUUGCUGCAGCGAUUUCGGAAGUGGAAUUAACAGUUAAUUCUUUUCUCUUUUUUUGUGAAUUGCUGGCUGCUGCUGCUGCUGCAGCUCCGGAGUAUCCCGAAGCAGCAGAAAGAACAGCAGCAACCGCGGCAGCAGCAGCAGCAGCAACGGACACAGACGCAGCAGCAACAGACACAGCAGCAGCAGCAGCAGCACCAACAGCAACAGACACAGCAGCAGCAGCAGCAACACCAACGACAACAGACACAGCAGCCGCAGCAGCAGCACCAACAGCAACAGACACAGCAGCCGCAGCAGCAAGACACACAGCACCAGCAGCAGCAGCAGCAGCAGCGGCGAUGUUGGCGCGUUCGGUGAGUCGGCGUUCGUUUUUCCGCAGCGGCUACGGGCGCGUGAGCGCCGCUGCAGCAGCAGAGCGGCGGCUGCAGGUCUUCUUCGUGUCGCUGAUGUUUUUGCUGCCUUCGCUUUACGUCUACUCCGCCGGCAGCCCCAAACUGCUGCAGCUCUGCAUGCAGCGCUUUCGCUGGGUCGAGGUCCCGCCCCAGGCCGACCCCAGCCUGCUGCGCCUCCGGCCUGCUGCGCCCACCGGCGCCUGCGACCGGGCGGACGCAGCCAGCUAA